AUGUCGGCUUCCGCCCCUCUACCAGCUUACUCCUCCUACGAACACUUGUUGGUCACCUCACCAUCUCCUCUCAUAGCACACGUCGAGAUCAACCGCCCGAGCAAGCUCAACGCCUUCUCGCGGCCGGUAUGGCUUGAGUUCGGGCGUGUCUUUAGACAACUCAGCGCUGAUAACGAUGUGCGCGUUGUGGUAUUGAGCGGCGCUGGUGAAAGGGCCUUUACUGCAGGGCUCGAUGUGCAAGCCGUGGGGCAAGAUCCGGUGUUGGCAGCGCGGGCGAUUGAUGUAGCGAGGAAGGCGAAGGGGCUCAGGAGCCACCUCGAAGAGUUUCAGGAGAGUGUGAGCUCCGCAGAGAAGUGCGAGAAACCCGUUAUUUGUGUACUUCACGGCAUCUCCUACGGCCUCGCCAUUGACAUCGCGUGUUGUGCUGAUAUUCGUAUCUGCGCAUCCAAUACGCGGUUCUCUGUCAAGGAGGUCGAUACUGGCCUAGCGGCUGAUAUUGGCACGCUCGCACGUCUGCCUAAGAUUGUCGGCUCGACGUCGUGGGUGAAAGACGUAUGCCUCUCGGCGCGAGACUUCUCGGCGCAGGAGGCGCUGGCGGUUGGAUUCGUGAGCCAGGUGCACGAGGGCAAGGACAAAGUGGUGCAGUCAGCAAUGGCUAUGGCGGUAAAGCUGGCGGAGAAAAGCCCCGUUGCGGUGCAAGGAACCAAGGAGCUGCUUAACCAUGGACGAGACCAUGCAGUCCCGGAUAGUCUGCAGUACACGAGAGUAUGGAACGCGGCAGCACUGCAGGGCGAAGACUUUUCACGGGCUCUGAUGAGUGGCCUAGAGAAGACCAAGCCCAGAUUUGAGAAGUUGUAG